AUGAGGACAUUCAACAGGACCAAGGCUGGCCGCGGCGGUCCUCCCCUCGCUGACCCAUCGCAAGGCCCCUCGCAAGAUAGCGAGCUCAACUGUGUUCGCCUCAGUGGUGAUGUCGCCUCUCCUGCGAUUGAGGAUCCGCCGCGCGAGAGGGAGGCGGGACUCAAGGACUACGUCCGUGUCUUCACCUACGCCAAGCGACAGGACAUCAUCUUCCUGGUGGCCGCUGCGCUAUCCAGCAUCGCCGCCGGUGUGACCAUGCCUCUGAUGGUCGCCGUCUUUGGCCAGUUGGUCGAGAACUUCAGCAGCUUUGAUGCUCCGGAUGGCAAGACGCAGGAUGCCUUUGACGAUACCAUGAACAGGGGCUCGUUGUACAUCACCGGCUUGUUCAUCGCCCGCCUCGGGCUCAACUACAUCAACAAGUUCUGCUUCCGUAUCAUCGGCAUCCGCAUAUCUGCGGCCAUCCGCCUUGACUACAUGCAGUGCCUCCUCGGCCAGACCAUCCAUGUGCUCGACUCCAUGCCCCCCGGCGCGGCGGCCACCACCAUCACGGCGACCUCCAACAUCCUCCAGAUCGGCGUCUCCGAGAAACUCGGCACCUUUCUCGAGUACACAGCCACCAUCAUAUCGGCCAUCAUCAUCGCCUUCGUCUACAGCUGGUCUGUAACUCUCGUCACCAGCUCCGUCCUGAUCUUCAUCCUCGUCGUCCUCGGCAUCCUCCUGCCCAUAAUCAUCAAGGGCCACGGGAGGCUCACCGCAGCCGAGACCAAGGCCGGCGCCGUCGCGGCCGAGGCCCUAGGCUCCGUCCGCAUGAUCACCUCCUGCGGCGCCGAGCACCGCAUCGCUCUGAAGUAUGCCGGAUUGGUCGAGCAGGCUCGCCAGGCCGGUGUGUGGACCAGCCCAUUCGUCGCUAUCCAGACGGGGCUCGUGUUUUUCAGUUUCCAGGUCGCUUUCGCGCUGGCCUUUUGGUUUGGCAGCAGGGAGUAUUCGAAUGGCCGUAUCAACACCGUCGGCACAGUCGUCAUUGUCUUGAUGAGCGUCAUGCUCAUGGUAUCCUCCAUAUCCCAAGUGUCCACACCCCUCAUCGUUAUCUCAAAGGCCAUCGUUGCAGCAUCCGAGUUCUUCGCGGUCAUCGAUGCCCCCAGGCCGGUGGCUGGCACGCUCAGAUAUCCUUCCGUGAACCCUGGCACCGACAUUGUCUUCAACGACGUCCAGUUCGCCUACCCUAGCCGCCCCAGCAAGAAGGUCCUGGAUGGGCUUAACCUCCGUAUCGUGGCCAACAAGAACACUGCCAUCGUUGGCCCCAGUGGCUCUGGCAAAAGCACAAUCGUUGGCCUUAUCGAAGGCUGGUACACCCUGCAGAGGCAGCACAUCAUCGCCAAAACGGUAGAGAAGAAACCACCCGCGAAGAAACCGCAGCAAGGAGAAGAAAACGAUGCAGAACCGCCGUCAGCAGCAGGUACUGGGCCCUCCAUUGAGAUGGACGAUGUCAGCCCCCCUGUUGAGCUCUCAGGCUCCAUCACUAUCGACGGGAAAGACAUGACGGAUCUGGACAUGAAAUGGUGGCGAUCGCAGAUCGGGCUCGUCCAGCAAGAGCCAUUCCUCUUCAACGACACCAUAUACAGCAACGUCGCCGCUGGGUUGACGGGAACCCAAUGGGCAGACGAGCCGGAAGCAAAGAAGCGCCAGCUAGUCCAGGAAGCCUGCAAGGAGAGUUUUGCCGACGAGUUCAUCGACCGCCUCCCAGAGGGGUACGACACCCAAGUGGGAGACUCGGGCAUCAAGCUCAGCGGAGGCCAGCGCCAACGGAUUGCCAUCGCCCGCAGCAUCAUCGCCAACCCCAAGAUCCUCAUCCUCGACGAAGCCACGUCCGCGAUCGACAUCCGCAGCGAGCGGAUCGUCCAGGCGGCUCUCGAGAGGGUCUCCAGAGGUCGCACUACCGUCACCAUUGCCCACCGGCUUUCCACCAUCAAGAAUGCCGAUCGGAUCGUCGUGCUCCGCCACGGCAAGGUCGUCGAGGCGGGAACUCACGAGUCGCUCCUCGCGGAUCCCGAGGGAGCCUACUAUCGCUUGGUUCACGCCCAGAAACUCUCCCUCGGAGACGAUGACGGAGCCGAGGGGCUGUCCGGGACGCAAGAGGAGAAGGUCAGCAGCGAGGAAGAGCGUACCAGGAUCGCUUCGUCCUCGGUGGGGGACCUCCCUUCGGGUGCAAACCACGAUGCGCAGUGGAAGGACAAGAACAUCCUCAAUGGAUUCGGGAAGCUUCUGUACGAGCAGAGGAGCCGCUUCCCACUAUACGUAAUCGCCAUCAUCUUCUCCAUGGGUGCGGCAUCCGCCAUCCCUCUCCAAGCAUACUUCUUCGGCAAUGUCAUAUCCAUCUUCGGGAAGACCGGUCAGGAACUGAGGGACGAUUCGUCGUUCUGGGCGUCUGUAUGGGUCGGUCUCGCGAUCGGUGUGGGCAUCUGCUACUUCGUUGUCAUCAUAGUGGCCACCAACGUCGAGCACUUCAUCGCCUCGGUAUAUCGGCGCGAGUACUUUGACUCCAUGCUCAUGCAGAAGACAUCGUACUUUGACCAGGACGGCAACUCAACCGGUCAGCUCACGGCACGCCUUUCCAGCGAUCCGACGUCCCUCAAGGAGCUUCUGGGGAUCAACACGUGCAUGGUCCUGGUGGGUAUAUUCUCACUCCUCGGCGCGGUCAUCAUAUCCUUCAUCUACGGCUGGAAGUUGGCGCUCGUUGCUCUUUGCGUCAUCCUCCCGCUCACCUGCUUGGCUACAUUUUACAAGCUUCGCUACGAGCUGCAGUUCGCUGCCAUGAACGAGGCCGUGUUCUCGGAGAGCUCAAAGUUCGGAGCCGAGGCGGUCGGCGCGUUCCGCACGGUCACGGCCCUCGUCCUCGAGGACGCCAUCUGCGAACGAUAUCAGAAACUGCUCCAAGGUCAAUUGACCUCGGCGUACCAGAAAUCCCCCUGGCCUACAUUCAUCUUUGCCUUCUCCGACAGUGUCGGACUCGCUUGCCAGGCCCUCAUCCUUUGGUACGGCGGCCGGCUCGUUUCUUCGGGAGAGUACGGCAUCAUUGCUUUCUUCAUCACCUACAUGGCUGUAAUUCAGGGCGGAGAGUCGGCCGGCCAGUGGCUCGGCUUCGGGCCUAACGCUGCCCAGGCUACGGCCGCUGCCAACAGGAUCCUCAACCUCCGGAAUACUCGACAUCAAGACAUGGCACUCGGGUCGAGGCCCGUUGUUCCUGAGACCCAGAACGGUAUCAACAUCCAGUUCCAGGAUGUUCACUUCAAGUAUCCCACUCGCGACGUUCCCAUCUUCCAAGGAAUCAACCUCACCAUUGAAGAGGGUCAGUUCGCCGCCAUCGUGGGAGCGUCCGGCUCCGGCAAGACGUCUAUCGUGUCGCUUCUUGAGCGAUUUUACGACGUCACCAAGGGCCGCAUCCUUUUCAACGGCCAGGACAUAAGCGAGACGAGCAUCCCCGAACACCGCCGGUUGCUGUCCUUGGUAUCUCAGGAGCCGGCCCUGUUCUCCGGCACCAUGCGCGACAACAUCCUCCUCGGCGUCGACCCCGACCAGACGACCGACGAGCAGCUCGAGCAGUGCUGUCGCGACGCCGACAUCUACGACUUCAUCAGCUCGCUCCCGGACGGAUUCCAAACCGAGGUCGGCAACAAGGGCAUUAGCCUCAGCGGCGGGCAGAAGCAGAGGAUGUCGAUCGCACGCGCCCUAAUCAGGAACCCGCGCGUACUGCUGCUCGACGAGGCGACGAGCUCGCUAGACUCGGAGAGCGAGAAACAGGUGCAGGCUAGCUUGAGCCGGGUGACACAGGGUCGGACGACGAUCGCCGUAGCGCACCGGCUGGCGACCAUUCAGAACGCUGAUGUCAUCUACGUGCUGGGAGAAGGAAAGGUGCUCGAACACGGCAGCCAUUCUGAGCUGCUCAGGCUGAGGGGCGCGUAUUGGAGCAUGUGUCAAAGUCAAGCUCUGGAUCAAUAG